AGACAACGGGUUUCAGGAUGUUUGUUCCAAUUUAGCUCCUGCCAGCUCGGCUGAUGCCAAUGUUCAAAAUGGUACGGACAAAUAUACAGUAUCAUAAUCCAAUUCGGCAGGUUGGGACAAGUCACCUGGACACAUCGUGCUAGACGGCAUUGUCCCAUCUCAUCAGAUACCAUCAACCAUUGUACCCUGCCCUUUCACAUCACUGCCAGUGCCACUCAGUAGAAGCAGCAACACAAUGGAUUCCGUAUCGUUGUUCUCCCUCCUCCUAACCACUGGUAUAAUAUGGAUGGUUACCAAGUUACUAAGCAUUGGAAAGCGCGAGCAGCACCUACCUCCUGGUCCUCCGACUGUCCCCAUACUCGGAAAUGCCCUCAUGGUCCCGCCCAAGUUCGCCCAACUUAAAUUUACCGAAUGGGCUCGACAAUAUGGUGGCAUUUUUUCCUUGAAGAUUGGUCACGGCACAGUUGUUGUGGUAUCGGAUGCCACAGUUCUCAAAGAAUUCAUGGAUAAGCGGAGCAAUGAAACCUCUGGUCGUCCGUCAUUUUACACUGGAAGUCUCAUAACAGAUGGGUAUUUUAUCGCGGAAGCAGAUUCGACGACGGAUAUCUGGCAUAUGGGCCGAAAGGCGUUACAGGCCCUGCUUUCCCCACAAAGUGUGAAUAAACACCUACCAGUCGCGGUAGCAGAGAGUUCACAACUUCUAUUCGAUUUACUCCGUUCACCGCAAAACUUCGAAAAGCACAUCGAUCGUUACACAUUCUCAAUACUGUUGUCUAUAGCUUUUGGGAAACGCUGCCCACGCCCUGACACGGAGGAAGAAAGAAUUUUUUAUGAAGGUGUGAGACUCACCGUGCGGGUGGUGUCUGCUGAAGGACCUCCCGUUGAUCUCCUCCCUAUUCUCAAAUAUGUCCCGGAACGGUGGGCGCCAUGGAAAAGAAUAUGCAGGGAGGCGAGGACGCUGCAACGUCAAUUAUAUUUUGGGUUAUUGGAAGAGGCAGAAACAAGGCUCGCCAGAGGAGAAGGUACUGGUUGUUUUAUGGAAGAAGUCAUUCAGCGUCAAGAAGAGCUCGGGAUGUCGAAGGAUGCUGCCGCCUGGUUAGGUGCGAUCGUGCUCGAAGCAUCCCAUUCUUCAGGGUCCUUCAUUUCUUCCCUCAUUUUAUGUUUUGUUGCCUUCCCCGAGACACUGCGAAAGGCUCAAAAUGAGAUCGACACCGUUCUACCGGACGAGCGACCACCCACAAUGGAUGACAUUGCAUCGCUUCCGUAUGUCCGUGCCAUCCUAAGAGAGGUACAUAGAUUGAAACCUAUGGCACCGCUUGGAAUGCCUCACGCGUUGCUAGAGACUCAAGAAUAUCGAAGCUAUGUUAUCCCUAAAGGUACAACCGUUUUCAUAAAUGCUUGGGGCAUUUUGCAUGAUCCGGAGGUCUUCGACGAACCUGAGGUCUUUCGACCAGAGAGAUUCCUCCUCUCCGAACACGGGACAAAACCUGGUGUGGAUAGCAAAGACUGGCGCGCAAGUAUACCCUUUGGGAGCGGAAGAAGACUCUGCCCUGGGAUGAAUUUAGUCAACACAAACCUGGCGUUCACCAUUGCCACGUUGGUCUGGGCGUUUGAUUUUGCUGCUGCCAUUGAUCCAGUUACGAAGACACCGAUCCCUGUCGAUAUCGAUGCGUAUGAGGAGGGUCUUGUCUUCAGACCUCGUCCGUUUGCUUGUUCGAUCUCACCCAGAAGCGAAGCAAAGGCCAGAUUGAUCAGACAAAGGUUUACUGAUGCGACGCCUGCUUUCUCGAAAUACGAGUUGUUCCUGACAAAGGAGAAGUGAUCGCUUGCAGAAGAGCAUCUGAGCCAAUAGUGUACUGUACAGUAUUACCUCUAACCUGACAUCACGACAGACAAACUGGAAUGCCAUAACACUGAGCGUUCUUACCAGGCACUUGGUCAAAACUCGGCCGAAAGUAGUUCUGCCCCCGGUCCCUGACCGUGUAAUUCUCUACUUUAAUGUGCGCAUCUCCAUCUAUUGCCCACUGACGAAUUGAACCAUCGCGUGACGCGCUCAGUAUAUUGCAACUGGUACCCAAGCGGACAAGGCUCCAAAUAACUUUGGAAUGACCCUCGAGCAUGCACUGUUUUUUUCCAAGAUGUGGCCUUUGUAUUGUGAUUGAC